GCCCACAUAUCGAUUUCAUUCUAAGGUCCGGACUCCCCGCCCAAUAAGUUCUCCGAUUUUAAGCCGCCUCUUGCUCUCAAGCUCCUCGAUAUCACCCGCUCCACCCCUACGGGGAGCGCUUCCCUGCCUUCCCCGCGGUCACAUCGCGCGCCAACGACGAUCCAACAGCGACUUCGUACUCCAACUCCAUCGCGAGUGGCUUCCCGCGAAUUUCGGCUUCUCAGGAACUGUAAUCCCACUUUGAACAGAUCAAAGCCUCCGGCGAAGUUUUUGUAUCCAGCCCCUGUUCCGGCAAGAAAUCAAGUACAUACCAUCCCUCUGGACGCUGGAUUGGGUGAAGACAGCUCGGACGGCACGCCCUUUUGGGAUUCGGUCCUGAAGAAGGAUGACUUGCCUGUAAUCAUAGAAUCUAGCCUUAAAGUAUUUCAAAAGGUGAAUAUAGGUCAUUUUGGCUUUUCACUUGUCAGAUCUUCUUGGCUUGGAAGCCGACUUAUUGUCAGCAUCUUAUGCAGUGGAUGGACAUUCACCUUCUCCUCGGAUAUGGGUCUUAUCAAAAGAGGUUGAUCCAACUGUUCUUACGACAUUAGCUUGUCAAACAAGAAGAAUUUUUCCAUGAGAGCUCAGACCAACUUCUUCUACUUCUUUGCCGUUGGACUCAUCAUAUCUAAUUAAAACAUGCCGUUUCUUUUGAGGAGAAAUGAAUUCCCAACCCAAAAGGAGGACAGCAGCAGAAAGUGGGGAAGGUGGUGGGGGGAUUGAUCCAGGCCUCUCUACUUUGAUUGGAAAUGGAGAGGAUUUAGGGCCAAUUGUUAGACAUGCUUUUGAAGUUGGCAAAGCAGAGGCGCUCUUGCACCAGCUUAGGAGUAUCGUUAAGAAGAAGGAAGUUGAGAUAGAAGAGCUUUGCAAACUCCACUAUGAGGAUUUUAUACUUGCAGUUGAUGAGCUCCGUGGGGUGUUGGUCGAUGCUGAUGAGCUCAAGAGCAUGUUAGCAAAUGAAAAUCUCAGGCUUCAAGAAGUUGCAAGUUCUCUUCUUCUGAAACUUGAGGAGCUCCUUGAACUUUAUUCUAUUAAAAAAAAUGUCACUGAGGCCCUAAGGAAGUUGAAAACUUGUGUCCAGGUUUCAGUUUUAUGCCAUAAGUGCAAUAAGCAUAUAUCAGAUGGCAAGUUUGUCCCAGCGUUAAAAACUUUGGAUAUAAUUGAGAAUGAUUACCUUCUAAAUGCUCCUAUAAAAACACUUCGAAAGGUGAUUGAGAAGCAAGUUCCAGCAAUAAAAACACAUAUUGAAAAAAAGGUUUGCAGUGAGUUCAAUGAGUGGCUUGUGCAAAUAAGGAGCAUGUCAAGGAACAUUGGGCAAUUAGCUAUUGGGCAAGCUGCUUCUGCCCGCCAAAGAGAUGAGGAGAUGUGUGCUCGACAAAGAGAAGCUGAAGAGCAGAGCCGUUCUGGUUUAGUGGAGUGUGUGUACUCAUUAGACAUUGAACAACUUGAUGAAGAAUCAGUACUUGAAUUUGAUCUUACCCCAGUAUAUCGGGCACACCAUAUUCAUGCUUGUCUUGCUAUUGAGGAGAAGUUCCGUGAAUAUUAUUACAAGAACCGGUUAAUGCAGCUUAAUUUGGACUUGGAGAUAUCCACUGUACAGCCCUUUCUUGAAUCCCAUCAGCCAUUUUUUGCUCAGAUAGCUGGUUUUUUCAUAGUGGAGGACCGUGUUCUGCGCACUGCAGGAGGUUUGUUAUCUGAUAGUCAGGUGGAAACUCUUUGGGACACUGCUCUUGCAAACAUGAUAUCAAUUCUAGAGGAUCAGUUUACUCGUAUGGAUAAUGCGAGCCAUCUUCUUCUAGUCAAGGACUUUGUUACACUUUUUUGUUCAACUUUGAAGCAUUAUGGUUACCGUUUGACACCUUUGCUGGAGGUUCUUGAUAGCACCAGAGACAAGUACCACGAACUCCUUCUCGAUGAAUGCAGGAAGCAGGUGACCAACAUCCUUGCUAAUGACUCUUAUGAACAAAUGGUGAUCAAUAAGGAAUAUGAAUACAAAAUGAACGUCGUAGCAUUCAAUCUUCAGACUUCAGACAUAAAGCCAGCUUUUCCAUAUUUUGCCUCAUUCUCUUCUUCAGUUCCAGAUGUUUGCCGUAUUGUCCGCUCUUUCAUUAAUGACUCGGUCAGCUACUUAUCAUAUGGGGGCCAUAUGAACUUCUACGAUGUUGUGAAAAAGUAUGUGGACAAGCUCCUGAUCGAUGUGCUGAACGAAACACUUCUCAGUGUCAUCCAUGGGGGCACAUUAGGUGCAUCACAGGUUAUGCAGACUGCUUCGAACAUUUCUGUUCUCGAGCGAGCUUGUGAUCUUUUCCUUUGGCAGGUUGCCCAGCGUUGUGGUGUGCCUUUGCGCCUGUUUGAUAGGCCUCAUGCUGGUUUGGCUGCAAAGGCUCUGCUUAAGGCCUCACAGAAUGCUGCUUAUAAUGCGCUUCUGAAUGAGGUGAACACCAAGUUGGAUGAAUUCCUUUCUCUCAUGAAUAAUUUCAAUUGGAUUGCUGAUGAUCCUCCACAAAAUGUGAGUGAGUAUAUAAAUGACAUAAAGGACUAUCUUGACACCUUGAUUUCUAGAGCUCAGCAGAUUUUACCCUUGGAAGCACUUUACAAGCUUGCUAUUUCUGCAUUGGAUCAUGUAUCUGAUUCCAUUGUUGCAGCUUUUCUAAAUGAGAAUGUUAAGAGGUUUACAGUUAGCGCUGUUAUGGGCAUUGAUAAUGACUUGAAGGUGCUAGAAACGUUUUCAGAAGAGAAGUAUGUGAGCUUAAGUUUGUCUGAUUUGAACAAAAACCAGAGUUUAAAGGAUUGCUUAUUGGAAUCUAGACAGUUGGUUAACCUUCUAUUGAGCAAUCAACCCGAGAACUUCAUGAAUCCUGUAAUUAGAGAGAAGCAUUAUGGCGCUCUGGACUAUAAAAAGGUGGCAAAUAUAUGUGAUAAAUUCAAGGAUUCUCCUGAUAGAAUUUUUGGAGGUCUGGCAAGCAGAAGCACGAAGCCGAAUGCUAGGAAGAAGUCCAUGGACAUGCUGAAGAAAAGGCUGAAAGACUUCAGCUGAUGCUGAUUGAGCUAUUCGUUUGUCAGUCAUUACGGUAUUUUCUCUUUUACUUGUUUUGCCUUCAAUCAGCAUAUUUCCUUGAACCUUGCAAAGUGUUCAUAUUUUCCUCAUGCAGUUAAGGUCAGUUAAAUACAACUGGAUGGUUUGUCAAUGACAUGAUAUUUCUUGUACACAUUUAAAUUUUUUUAAGGGUUCGGUCUUUACAAUUUUUUGUA